AUGGCCUUCCCACCCUACACGAAGAGAUUCCACACAGCCACCUAUCCCAGUAUCGACCCUUCUCGCCCUGAUCUCUCCACGGCAGGAAAGGUUGUUCUCAUCACAGGUGGUGGUUCUGGUAUUGGACCCCGCAUAGCCCAUGCAUUUGCGACUUCUGGAUGUAUGAAGAUCGCUAUUGUUGGACGGACUGUUGCCAGCCUCGAGAAGACCAAGCAAGAGAUAGAGGGAGCCCAUGCAGGCGUGACAGUCCAUGCCGAAGCUGCUGAUAUUGCCGAUGCCAACGCGGUCAACAAAGCAUUUGAGAGCGCCUCGAAAGCCUUGGGCAAGAUCCACAUAGUCAUUGGUAACGCAGGUUACUUACCCGACACGAAGCCUAUCGCGCAAGCAGAUCCUGAGGAAUGGUUCAAGGGGAUGACAAUCAAUGUCAAAGGAACUCUUAACCUUGCCAAAGCUUUCCUCAACUACGCCGCCGAGAAACCGACAUUCGUACAUGUCUCAACUGGUGGUUGUCACAUUGAGCCCAUGCCUGCAAACAGUGGGUACGCAGUAAGCAAAUUGGCAGCCGCUAGGUUGAUGGAAUAUUUUGCUUUCGAGAACCCGCAGGUCCGGGUUCAUAAUAUUCACCCGGGGGUUAUCAAGACAGACAUGUACCAGAAAAGCUCCGAGGGUGGUAUGGAUUUCCAAUUUGAUGACAUCGAACUACCAGCUUCCUUCGCGGUCUGGAUUGUCAGUCCAGAGGCAGAAUUUUUGAGUGGCAAAUUUGUCUGGUCAAACUGGGACGUGGACAAGUUGAAGGCCAAAAAGAAGCAGCUCCAGUCCUCGCAGGACCUUACGCUUGGUCUCCUGGGAUGGCCUUAG